AUGUUCGGCCUGGACUGCACCUCCACUCAGUUCAACUACUCUGCCUCCGCCUGCCUGCGCGGCUCACCCACCGACGCCCUCCAUCUUGCCGCCACCGCUGGCGUGACUGCAGAGUCGGCCUACCGCUACCGCGCCGCCACUGGCAGCGGCGGCAACCUGGCCACCACUGGGCAGCCGGCGCAGUGCAACCGUGCCUUCCUGACCGGCCAGGCCGCCAAGGUGGGGCUGGUGCGCAUCACUGCCACCCCCGCCUACACGCCAGUGCAGCCCACCAAGCUGGCGCUCAUCAAGGCCCUGGCCGCCAGGCCCGCCCUGGCCCUGCUGGCUGUGGAUUCCACCUUCCAGCACUAUGCAGGCGGCGUGUGGUCCUCGCCCACCUGCGCCGACGCCAACGCACCCAACCACGCCCUGCUGGUUGUGGGCUACAGCACCGAGAAGCCCGGCUUUGAGAACUUCCUGGCCAAGAACAGCCUGGGGGCCAGCUGGGGCGAGAGCGGCUUUGUGCGCAUCGCGAUGACCGAUGCCGGCAUGUGUGGCAUGUACCAGGCUCUCGUGCAGGCCGGCGCCGCCGCGCUGGUUGCCCCCGCCAAGGCUGGCAACAGCACCGCCGCCAAGCGGGUGUAG